CUUUACUGUACGACAGUUUGGGCUUUGGAGUUGAAGCAUAUUUCUGAUAUUUUAGAAAAAAAAUGACGGAGGAGGUGGCAGUCGAAAAAUUAGAAAAUAAUUUUUUUUAUGCCCUUUACUCAUACAGGCCUGGUCCUCAAAGUUCCCCAAAUGACAAAGGAGACAAUGUCAAUGAAAAGGCCACAGAAAACUCAGGAUUCAGUUUGUCACACAUUUUGAGUAACCUACCAGAAUCCACAGAAACUAGUCUGUCACAGUUCCUGUUUACUAAGAUCUCCAAGGGCCUUCUGUACAAUGAUGCUAGCAGCAUCUCUUCCUUUAUGUACAGUGAGGGAGAUUUGGAGAAGGAGAUGUACUGUUAUUAUUGUAAGCUGAGUGGAAGUGACUCAGCUAAUAUGGACAUCAACCUCGGGAAAGGAGACUCGGGUGACAGUGGGCCCAAGGCACAUGUUGUGUGCUUCCUCACAUUGCAUGAGAACAUGCUUGAUCAUUUCAGACAUGAGUUGGAUAUGUAUGCUCUGGGGCUCUUCAAAUUUUUGGAACAAGAAAAUGAGGCCCAGGUCAAGUUGUCCAUGGAGAGAUGGUCGUAUGAGACCACAGAGUACCUCUGCAGAAGUCUGCGACUGGUCGGCCAGGACAUUAAGUACCUGAUGUAUGCUGCCCUGAUGGAUGCCCAACUGGUAUUUGACGGGGUGGAGAGCAGCGUUCAGCAGGAUUUAAUCAGGUUUGUGAGGUCCUGCAGUCUGGGGGACAUACUUAAGCAGACCGAGAGCCCUCUGUCAGGGAGUCUAGAUAUGCUGGCUGACCUCAACAUUUCGGAGGACAAGAAAAGGACAGUUCAAAUCAAAGCUGACAAUGACGGUCUGAAGUUUGAACCAGAGUACUGUACCAAGUUCUGUGAUGACUGGAGUCAGUCAGUGAACAGCUUAAGUACAGACAACCCUGGACUCAUCAGGCAAUUCAUAGAGGCAGGCAAAAUGAAGUACACUCAAAGUAUCAACACAUUAAAGAGACUGAUGAUGCAGGCUGAAAAUGACUUUUAUGCAUUGUACAGGGCAUACAUGUUCCUAAAGAAUUCUGGGAAUUGUGAAAUCCUAUUAAACUGUGCUCAUCUUGACUCUAUACCAGAGACAUAUAAUGUGUUCAAAUGUUUAGAGGAGUUUGUGAAAGAGACAGGUGUGAGGUAGAACAAGUGUAUAGAAAGCAAUAAAAUGACAUAGUAUACAGUU